CAGACGACGUCACACACCUGGGCAAUACACCUUCGUUACCUGCACCAACCAGUGUCACCUGAUCGCCCCACCUGUCAACACCUCUCUAAGACACACGUACACCUGGACCUCAGCGUGACCCCAACCCAUGAGUCUGAGGGAGGCACUGAAGGUGGUGGUGGUGGUGGUGGUGAUGGUUUCGGUGCGCGAGGGGGCUGAGGGCCUACCCGGCAAAUAUAAAACCUUCCCGGAGCUGAGGGGGAAGUGGCUGCCCCCCAGCGCCGCCGUGGCCACCGUCAAGGCCACCUGCGACGGGUGCAUGGAGAAAUGUGUGAAGCACAGGCAAUGCAACGCCUUCGCCUGCUCCCAGCUGGAAGGAACGUGUGUCAUGUACGCCAAGGGGAAGGACAUGGCGGUGGUGAGGGUAGACAGCUACACCCUCUAUGUGCAGGCGAGGGAUGAGGAGGACGGUUACGUCCUCUGGGGGACACACUACAUCAUACUGGAACGGAAGAGACUGACACCCAAGCAGGCACUGAUCGCCUGUGACACCAAAUACUUCGGCACCCUGCCCAUCAUUACAGAUGACGAUAUGAACCAGUUCCUGUCAAACUUGAUGCAAAUGCCCCCAGUGUUUGAGGCAACCAUUGGGAUAACAGACGAGGCCAAGGAGGGACACUGGACGUACUUCAAUGGGCGGGACGUCGGGUACACCAACUGGAGCUGGAAAGGCGUAUGGAAUCUUAAGGACCGUAACUGUGCAGCCAUGACCAUUGACGGCACUUGGAUCAUGACAGACUGCUGGCAACCCAAUUACUACUUCUGCCAGAUACCCCUGUACUAAAAAUGGUGGUGGUGGUGGUGGUGUGAGAUUUGAUUUGGUGUGAUGAAGGUUUGAUGGUGGUGGAGCAGGCUUUAUGUGAUAGACCAAGACAAAUUAAUUGGAUUGUUGAAAUUGUAGAUGGAGGUACUUACAAUGGGAAGGGGGCCUAAAUGGAGAUUUGCCAAGAGGAACCCCAGGUUUGGCAUCAAAAGGUGGGCAAGGCGACGCACUCCUCUGACAUAUGCCUCUGCCGAUUCAAUUGUCAAUUAAUACUUUGAUAUAUAUUUCAUAACACUGAGGUGAUUAUUAGCAUGAGUAAAAACUUGUUUCAUGCACAAUUAUCCCUCACAAUAAAAUAUAAGGUAAAACUAGGGAACACAUAAUCAAGCCGUUUACGCAGUAAAUUGGUACGACCGGGAACUAAAACCUUCGCAAAUGUGAAGCAAAAGAAGUAUCCUAUGCACUCUGCAUGCUAUUUUUUCGGUAUAUUAGAAGCAGUUGUUAGCUAGUUUAACCAAAUAUAAUGAUGACAAUUGGUAUAAACAGAUUUAUUAUGUAUUAAAAAAGGGAACGGAUGACAAUCUCUCUGAAGAACCUCUAAAGUCUAAAUCAAAAGUGACUUGCAAAGAUGUAAUAUCCACACCAUGUUAUAUGCAUUGUAUAUACAUAAUUCACAGUAUGGUAAAAAAAAAAAAACAUCUACUCAUUUAGAGAACACAACACCUUGUAUGGAUAACUUGUUUUGGUAAAGAUUCGUAUUACGUCCGUGCCAGUAUCUCAUGAUCUACUUUAUGAAACAUCAGUAUCUCUUCAUAUAUCUUUUCUACAAACCUUCAACAAUC